CCCGCACCGAGCUCACGUGACCAUGGCCGCGCGCGCGAGCUGAUGGCUGCGCUCGUCUGGUGGCUGGCGGCCGGCUGCCUGCUUCACGCCCGCGCCGCCUCCGCCGGCAACCCCGACGCCAAGCGGCUCUACGAUGAUCUCCUCUCUAACUACAACAAGCUUGUGCGGCCGGUCGUCAACACCACCGACGUGCUGCGCGUCUGCAUCAAGCUCAAGCUGAGUCAGCUCAUCGAUGUCAACCUCAAGAACCAGAUAAUGACAACAAACCUCUGGGUGGAGCAGUCGUGGUAUGACUACAAGCUGCGCUGGGAGCCGAAGGAGUACGGCGGGGUUCACAUGCUGCACGUGCCAUCAGAUCAUAUUUGGAGGCCUGACAUCGUACUGUACAACAAUGCCGACGGCAACUUCGAAGUAACGUUGGCGACCAAGGCGACCAUCUACCACCAGGGGCUGGUCGAAUGGAAACCGCCCGCCAUUUACAAGUCUUCCUGCGAAAUAGACGUGGAAUAUUUUCCGUUCGACGAGCAAACGUGCGUUCUUAAGUUCGGUAGCUGGACGUACGAUGGAUUCAAGGUGGACUUGCGGCACAUGGACGAGCAGGCGGGCAGCAACGUUGUGUCCGUGGGCGUGGACUUGUCAGAGUUCUACAUGUCCGUCGAGUGGGACAUCCUAGAAGUACCAGCUGUCAGAAACGAGAAGUUUUAUACGUGUUGUGACGAGCCGUACCUGGACAUCACAUUCAACAUUACGAUGCGCAGAAAAACGUUAUUUUACACAGUGAACAUUAUUAUUCCCUGCAUGGGGAUAUCCUUUCUCACUGUUCUCACUUUUUAUCUGCCUUCGGAUAGCGGAGAAAAGGUGACGCUGUCCAUCUCUAUCCUGAUUAGUCUCCACGUGUUCUUCCUGCUGGUGGUGGAGAUCAUCCCCCCCACGUCGCUGGUUGUGCCCCUGCUGGGGAAGUACCUCAUAUUUGCUAUGAUACUCGUAUCUAUAAGUAUAUGCGUGACGGUGGUGGUGCUGAAUGUGCACUUCAGAUCGCCGCAGACGCACCGCAUGGCGCCGUGGGCCAAGCGGGUGUUCAUACACAUACUGCCGCGGCUGCUCUUCAUGAAGCGGCCGCAGUACAAGUUUGAUACCACCAGGUCGCGGUAUACGUCGUGCGGCGUGGUAGUGAGGUGCGGCGGCGCGGCGCGACCGCUGUACCCUUAUAGGCUGGCGGCCGCCGACGACGACUGCUGCGCGCCCGGCGCGUGGCCACCGCCUGUCGCGCCGCCGCCGCGCCCGCUCACGCGCACGCCCAGCAAGGAGGAUCUAACGCACACCACAUACCUCAACUCUGGCAUGGGUGAAAGCAACCGCUUUGGAGGCAGCUGUAUGGUACACGGGUCCACGGAGGGCGGCGGUGGUGGCCUGGGGUGCAUGACGGGUCCCGACGACGACACACUGAGCCCUGUGCCCGAUCCGCCGCCCGGGUUCAGCCAUUCCGCCUGCCCGCCCGAAGUGCACAGGACCUGCUUCUGUGUCAGAUUCAUCGCCGCACACACAAGGAUGAUUGAAGAGUCCACAAAGGUAAAAGAAGAUUGGAAGUACGUGGCGAUGGUGCUGGACCGGCUGUUCCUAUGGAUCUUCACGCUGGCGGUGCUGGUGGGCACGGCGGGCAUCAUCCUGCAGGCGCCCACGCUGUACGACGACCGCGUGCCCAUCGACAAGCACUUCAACCAGUACGCCACCUCGUCGCUGGUGCGGUGCCCACCGCCCAACUAAACUACCGAUUAUAUUAAACUGUGACGCGUUCAGACCGAGUGUUCAGACCAACAAAGUACAUUGUGCUGAUACUACGUUGCAUCGGGUCGUGUCGUGCCUGGAAUACUUAGUCAGCGUCUGAAUGUACUCGUACUUCGUCACGUGCGUAAGCGGAAAAGGACCAAAUGCUGUCUUCUUCGAUGACAAGGGUCCUCGUUAUGAAAAAUAAUAGCCUACGAAAAACACGUGAAAAAUCUUAUUUCAUAACUACGCAACAUUGUAAACCUUUCUAAAGACAAAAAUGCAAUGUUCAAAUAAUAACACUAUACUAGAUAACAAAUUAACUUCCUAGUAAAUUGAUGACUGUGAAACCCUAUGAAUGUAGGGUUACCAUUCUUGCAGAUUAGGUCGGACUAAGUUCUUUCUUUGUUUAAUUUGUCCGAAUUUUCAGCUUUCACUUUAAAACAUGCUUUUUUGCUGCGAGCUGAAUGCUCUCUUGCUAAAGGUCAUUGAAUGAAUGAUUAAUAACAUUCAAUGUAGACGUAAAGCCUUAUCUUUACGCACCUAAGUAAGUAGGUAUGUCUUUUACAAACAAAUUCUAUCUAUUAGUAUACCUUAAAAUACAAAGGGAAUCAUUUCAGACCUGGAUUGCGAAAGAUAUUGAAUUCAACCAUCGGAAACUAGGCUACCUUCACUUAACAGACAACAGUUUUGAUUCGGUUAUUUUUAUCUCCUCAACGCUAAUAGUAAACAAUAAAAAUAGGACUAACUACAAUUUAUCAUGUUAAUUAUUUUCCAAAGUAUUGUAAUAAAUUUUCGCUCCAUUAUCUCUUUUGGUGGUGAAUCUAUGCGCUAAUGGAUUGCUCAUAAUGAUUAUAUUAAUAUACAUUAAAACUUCAGUUAACAGUGAAUCCGCCACUAUUAUUUUAACCUAAAUCUGCAAGUAUAACUACAAAAAUAAAUUACUUUCUCACCUCCUAAGUUUCAAACUCAAGCUAAUAAUAGUACAUAGAAAGACAAAUUGGAUAAUAUUAUUUUAUAAACUAAGAACAGAUAAUAAAUAACCAACUGAAAAAAAACUAAAGCUAAAUUAUUUAUAGUUCGAUAGUAAUAAAUUAAUUAGUUAAUAUUAGAGAUAAGAAAACGAACGAAACACCACCAAAUGAAUAUUGUCUGUGUUCAACAACAAUUUAGCCGAUAUGUAGAGUUGUAGAAAAAUAGCAUGAUUACAAUACCUACCUACUUAAGCUCCUAUUAAUACAAAAUACGUAACAUCCUAUGUGCACCUCGCUUCCUCUCUUAGAAACGCGUCUAAUUUUAUUUUUGUGGCGACGUAAUUAAUGUUAGCGCUUAAAUAGGCAUCGAAGUCAGGUCUAAUCUAGUUUAGGCAAUAGCCUAAUAAUAAGGUCUAAUCUAGCCUACCUAUCUUCAAAUCUAGACAUAAUGAGGAUUUUCUGGAAUGUCGGGCGCCAGGUGGCAGCACUGAGCCGAGAGGUAUACUCAUCCGUCACAUCACGUAUGUCGUCAUAGUCUAUAGAUCAAUUCAAAUGCUCGUUCGAUCCAAAAACUUUAUACAAAAGACGCUCAUGUCACAGUAGCGCCAACUGGUGACGUAAAUUUUCCUAAACACCCUCAUUACAUUAUGUCGUCUAGAUAAAUAAAUUAACACCUUUACUCUUUUAAACGACUCUACUAGUUAUGUUUUGUCGUAGAAUAGAACAUGUACGCUAAAAUGAAGAUAUCGAUUUUAUAAUUAGUAAUAUAUAUAUAUAUAAGAAAUCAUAAAAUUCGAAACCAAUGUAAUAGUAAUAAAUAAAUAUAAAAUAUACAUAUACAGUUUUUAUGAAAACCGUUGGCUUCGAAAUAUUAUGUUUGUUAAAAACUUUAUGAAGAUUUUACAAUCCCAGUGUAAACAAUUAUCCUUAUGAUAAUAAGUACAACAUAAAGAUUUACUUUAAGUGAUGAUUGCUCAAUUUUAAGAAUGAGUGUCUAUUUCGCUACUGGAGUUUUCAAUAUAACAAAUAAAUCAUAUUUGUUUUAUUUUAUUUCGUAAAAUUAAAAUGGGUCAUCAGUUCAGAGAAACAUUAUAAUUAUAUUAAAUCUUAUCAAUACAAAAUUGGACAUUGCUUUUUUACUUAUUCACAUCAGUUUCCUGAAUUUGCAUAUUAUAUUAAAAUUACUUACAUGUAAAUAAAAAUGUUCACAACAACACCAUUUUCGUGUAAUACUAUGAUCAGGAAUUGAAAAUGAAAUUGAAAUGUUUAAUAAGUAUUUGAUGAAGCAAUGAUUAAUAAAAACACAAUUUUAAAAACGCAUUUGUACAAAAAUAAAUUAUGAAUAUAAACACUUAACCGUAAAGGCUUUUUGAGUACAUUUGUAAAUUGAAGAAAUUACCUUUACCAAUGAAGUGACAGUAUGAAAUGCCUUUCAAGCCGACCCAAGCCGACUAGCGAACGUAUUGGUGCAUAGUAAACCCUACUAAGUAAUAAAUAUAAAUGGACUAAUCUAGUAAAAAUAUAAAAAUUAAGCACGUUGGACUGCUCGCGGUAGAGUAGCGCAGCUCAAUUGUAGAAAUGUAAGUUUGUAAUUACCUAUUUAUAUUGUUAAUAAAACCGUUAUACAUAGAAAAACUUGUUUUUUUUUCCUUUUACUAUCUGUUGUCAAAGUAAAUCCAUUUUCACACUCAAAUAGAAAACAAGACGUGCAUUAAAUGUAAUAAUUAGAGGUAGGGGUCGUCCCACGUUGGGCGCCAAUAUUUAUUUUAUGAAAGAAGUUGCUCUCGGUGGUUGUUAAUAUAAAAGAUAGUCACAAUCUUGUGACGAAAUUGUGAUAGAAGGUUUAUUAACUAGGUGAGAGCGAAGUAAGACGGAGUGAAGGUUUUUUACAUGUUUCCAAUUCUUAAGAGUGCCAACAAAGAAGAACGCCCUUUGUUUUAAUUAUUUAGAAAAAAAGUAAUUUUGAUCGAUAUCCUUAUGAUUUCAUACAAUUUAAAUUGUUAUUAUAAGUGUAUUGGAUUUAGCCGUUUAAAAGUCUUACUUAAGUGAUUUUUACGAAAGGUAGACUACCCAAACAGAUUUCAAUUCAUUAUAUUAGUUUUUGUAUUUCAUACAAAAGGACAUUGUUCUGCGUCCAUACAUAGUUAGCCUAAGAACCAACAAUCAUGAAAUAUUAUUUUCUAGGUUCGAAAUCGCAAGAAAAUUACUGUAAAAACAAAGAUUAUUGACGGACACUUCUGAGAACUUGAGUUAUUAGGAAAACUAAAUUUUUUUUGAGGUUAUGUUUAAUAUUAAAUGAAACAUAGGUCAACCUAUGAACUUAGUAUAAACUCAGUAUGAAGUGAAUUAAUAUUACUACUAAUUCAUUUUAUUCGGUGCGUCUUUAAGAAAAACUAUUAGGAAAAACUUGGUUAGGUAGGAAUCAUGAAUAAAAUAAAAACUGUAGCUUUGCUUCUCAUUUAUUGACUAUUUUUCACAUAAUUGUAUCAUAUUGUUUAUUGUAUUUAUUUGUAUACCACAUGUAUAUUGUGUAAAUAUGCAGCGUGAAUGUGUAUUAGGUGCUCUUGAAUAAUUUGGCAGUAUGAUCCUCUCAGGAUGUUGUGGCACAGGUUCACUAGCACUUGGUAAUAAAGUCUAAGUCUGCUCUUUGGUAACAUCGAUGGCAUAUUAGAUAGAAAUAGUUAAAUUAAAAGAAAAACAAUCGCAAAUAAACACACACAACAGGUAAUCCGAAACGAGAAUGCACGAAUGCCACAUAUUACUACGAAUGCAAACUGCCUGCACCACAACCACAGAGAAUCGAGUUUUAUGCCGGCCCUUCACUUGAAAGAGUGUUUUGUUUGCAGCGCUGUCAUAGAUUACAUAAAAUGGUAUUUAUUGUCUCAGAUAAUUUUUUAACUUUUUAAUUUAGCUUACUUAACUGGAAGUGUCCGUCACAAUCUAAAUACUGAUAAUUUUCGCAAAAAAUAUACUAAGAAUUAUCAUAAAUGCCAUAUUGGUGUUGGUUCGUAGGCCAAUUUUAACAUUGUCCUUUUGAAAUGGACGAAGGAACAUAUUGGGGUACUAUACGAAAGAUCUACUACGUCUUCCUACAUAGGACAUUUUCUAUUGAUGUUUUUUUUUAUUUUGCUUAAGGAUAGCGAGAAAUUACAAAAAAAAGACUGAAGAAAGAGGAAAAUGGGCAGAAGCUCUGUAGACGCGUUCUAAAACGGUUAUUUUAACUUUCCCACUCUAUAAAGAUUUGAAGAGGUAAUGCAAAAGAAGAAAAAACCAUAGAAGUCAAAAAUAAAAGGACGGAUAUCCGAAAAGGCUAUUAAAAAAUCAUUACCACCAUCUUACUUGAUCUAUGGGGUAAGAUGGGGAGAUAAAACUUUUCUUACUUUUCUCAAUAUACGACUGACUAGUAUAAUAACCUAAUGUGACCAAGAGUCUGAAGAUAUUGUCGAAUAGUUUAAUAUGCAAUGCUGAUUUGGGGACCUUUCGAAUUUUAUUUUAAAAUAUCUAUCUAUUGUAAUGAGUUAUUGCUAUUGAACAUAAGGUUUAAGUAACAUAAGAUGAUAAAUUAAAAGACAAUAAUGAUUUGCUUAAGUAUGUAUAAUUUAUUUUAUUGUCAUGUUUUCUUAGGCGUCUUACUAUUACAAAUAAACAAAAAAAACUUAAAUUUGAGUGGUAAUAAUAGUGAAAUGAAGCAAACUAUAUUUGCUACACCACUAUCAAAAACUAAAGAAAUCAGAGCUGUCAAAUACACUAACGCCAAUAUCUUCAGAUACUUUAAAUAAUUUUGACGUAAUCAACUCAUCUUUCUUACUUUCUUCUAUAAGCCGUUUAGCUUCUAACAACGCUGCUUGGCUAGGCAAAUCGUCAUUAGGAAUUAAUAGAUCUGAAAAAUCACCCGGCAGAUUGGUAUUCACAUUGCCAUCAGUUUUAUCGUCAGUGACACCUUUGUUGUUAGUAAUUUCAGGUUUCUUGUCUGUUAUUUGUAAUAAACUACUGCUGUCCGUAGCAGAAAUAUCCUUUUUAGUUGCUUUCAUUAUCCUUUUCGCCACAUCUUUGAAUGUUAAUGGAAUUUUAUUAAUAACGCUCUCCUCUUUGAAUUUUUUCUCAUUAUUAUUGCUACUUUUUGUGCUAAGUGUAUCCACUAUGGUGUCGAAUAUAUCCGGUUUUCCAUCUUUUUCUUUCAUCUUCUUAAACUGAUCCUUAAUUAAUUUGUAAAUUUUUUCUGGAUCUUGUGGAAUUAAUUCAUCAUUAUCGUUUUUAGAACUUAAAACGGUUAAGAUUUCACGAAGCGUGUGCCGUACUUCUAAAGUAUCACGGGCAUUAGUAUGAGUUGAUUCAAUAUCAUGAAGUGUUUUUAUAUCUUGCCAAAUAUUAUCUACAGUAGGGUGGAUGUAAUCGGUUUCCACUCUACUUAAAGCUUUCUUGACAUCUUUCGUUAGGUUAUUAAGUUCACCGUGUAACACCAUUCCAAUUUCUGAUAGUCGAUCAGUUUCAUUUUUUACAUUUAAGAUUUUCGUAUGUGUAUCAUGAUGUUUAUCUUCAAUGACUAACAUUUUUUCCUUAACGUUUUUAACCGAAUCACUUAUUCCUUGAGAUAAAGUUUCUAAAAUCGGUUUACUGUUAGAUCCUCUCGGAUAACUUGAACGUGAAGUCGGGAGUACGGGUGGUGUAGGUGAAUAUUUUUCGAUGCUUUCUUUAACUGAAUCUGGUUUUGUAUUUACCAGACCUCUGCAUCUGACAUCAUAAUCGGAAGAUUCAUAGUUUACACCUAAUGCUAAUACUUGUUUUACUGCCAAAACAGUACAGUCUAUACUUUCUUCCACAUCUGUGACAACAUCGGUGAAUAGUUUUCCAACACUAUUUUCGACUGAUGCAAAUACGCCUUGAAAGUCAUCAAAGAACCAUGCA